CGCCAUUUCCCCUUUGUCCAUUGAGGAGAGGCAACGGCUUGCAGCGGACGCUCCAGCCAAGUAUCUACACGCUGUUGCCGAGAACAAAUAAUUAUAUUAUCUUUAUCAUCAUUUGAGCUUGAUUUUUAUUCCGUAAUAACUCAGCGAAGCAGGCGACGCUCCAUUUGCUAAAUUAUAUCGUGUUUUGUGGUUGUGAUCGAAGCUAUUGCUAACAAAGAAGGCCUAACCGAGUCCGCCAUUGCGUCGAGCACUCAGCAGAAGAAAAGCAAAAUGGAAGACAGUAAAUACCUGCCCGAACUCCUUGCCGAGAAAGACAGCCUGGAUUCAUCCUUCACACACGCCAUGAAACUUAUUUCUGCAGAGAUCGACAGGAUCCAGACAGGAGGCCCAAAGAAAGAGCCUGAGAAAGAGUCCUACUUGGAUAUAUUUGCCACAAAGACUCACAAGCUCAAAGAACGAGUACUCAUUCCAUCCAAGCAGUUUCCCAGGGUCAAUUUUGUUGGUAAGCUUUUGGGACCCCAGGGCAGUACAAUCAAGAGGCUCCAGGAGGAGACUGGUGCAAAGAUUUCAGUUUUGGGAAAGGGAUCCAUGAGAGACAAGUCUAAGGAGGAAGAGCUGCGAAAUGGUGGUGAGGCUAAAUAUGCUCACCUUUCUAUGGAGUUGCAUGUUUUCAUUGAGGUGAUGGCGCCUAUCCCAGAAGCAUACCUCAGAAUGGCUCAUGCUAUGGAUGAAGUCAAGAAGUUCCUUAUCCCAGAACCUGGUGAGUAUGACCCAUACAUGGACCCCCACUUCCUCAACGGAUCACAGGAUGGUUCAGGCAGGGGGCGUGGUGGGCACCCAAGAGGGCGUGGUGUACCACCAGGACCAAGAGGCCGUGGAAUGCCUCGCGGUGGUCCUCGUGGAGCUAUGCGUGGUGGAGCCCCACGGGGCGCAAUGGGCCGGGGUAAUGGCAGAGGUGCGCCAUCCGGUAGGGGAGGACCAGUCAAUGCUUCUGGUAGGGGUGCAUCUGCUUCCCGCUCCAGACCCCCUUCAGUUGGGGCACCAAGGAUGCUUCCCCCUUCUGCCCUUUCCCACCAGCAAGUUCCUUCUUCAGGGGCUCAAGCCAAACCUGAGUCCUAUGAAGAAUAUCCUGCUUAUGAAGAUUCAUAUGCAGAGCCAGCCUAUGAGGGGUAUGAAAGUUAUUAUAGCCAGCAGCCUGUGCCAGCGGAUACUGAAUAUUAUGACUACGGGCAUGGAGAACCGCAGGAACCCUCUUACGAGCAAUAUGCUCAAGAUGACUGGGAUAACUCAUGGUCCGGUGCUGCAGCUGGAGGCAAGGCUGCUCCAGCCAGGCAGAAUAAAGGAAACUAUAGAGAGCAUCCCUAUGGAAGAUACUGAGCGGCUACUGGUAGAGAGUUGCUAUAGCAACUGUCUUCGAUUGUAACCCACUUAACGUUUCAAAAGUAAUUUCCUUCUUGUUUUCCUCUUUUUAUAGUUUAUUUUAUUUUUUAAACUUGGUACACAUUUUGUUGGCUGUCACAGUUCUAGGGGUUAAGAGUUAUUGUCUUUAACGAUAUUUCUAUUUAGUAACUGUUACAAUAGAGUAGUAAACAGUGGAGGUCCAGCGUGACGUAAACCCAAGGCAUUCAUAUUUUAAUGAUAUUUGAUGGUUAUUUUUUAAUUGUACCAGACAUGUUAAAUCUGGCGAGGAAAAAACUAAAUCUGAUUGUAAUAGACAGAUUUUUUUGCAAACUAAAAUUAGCCUGGUUUGAGUAAGAUAUACAAAAUGUUUGUGGUGCAACACAAAUACAUACAACUGUAAUCUUUUAUCGAAUGAUAACUUGAUGUUAUACUAAGACAUCCAACAGAGAAAAAUGCCUGAUACUUUGUCCUACCAGUACUUUCAAAACAAAAGGCCACUAGGUCCCAAUGUGUGUAUGGGAGGCUGCAGCCACCUCAAUAUUUUGUACAUAAUGUAGGACAGUCUGUUUCAAGCCGCACUAAAAUGCAUAAUUGUGUACUUUUGGCUAAAUAGGAUACUAAAUAUACCCCAAAUGUCUUCUCUGCAUUGCGUUUUUCAAUAAAGUUUGUAGUUUCAGUUAAAAUGAGAUAAACGUGGUAUUUUGAUUUUGUUGUACCAAAAAGGAUUUUCGUUGAAAGUGUACCACAGUGUAUUUGACACUGACUAAGCUAUGUAUACUGUGUACUUUUUUUUUUUUCUCCUUAAAAACCAAAACAAAAAAUGUUGACAUUGAGCUUAGUUUGUGCUUUCAAAAUUUUCUAAACUACACUUGUAAUGUCACCUACAAAAAUAAAGCUCAUCAUUCCACGA